UUCAGUUCUUCUACCAAAUUUAUACAUAAUACAAACACAACUAAUAUCACUGCUGUGUUUGUACCGUUAGUAUGUCACUGUCUCACUGACGUGUGGGCCACACAAGCCGGCAGCCCGUGCGCAUUCUGCUGCCCAAGCAAUAAAAAAACAUCCAAUCCAAAACCCAAGCAAAGCCCUCCCCCCUCCCCUCUUCCUCGCCUUAUCUCCUCCUCCGUCACUCGCCUCGACACCGCCAUGGCCUUCGUCUCCGCGACCGCCGCCGCCUCCACCACCCUCUUCCUCUCCGUCCUGUCCCCAGCACGCAGCGCGGGCGCGUGCGUCUGCUCACAGGCGCGGAAGCCGUCGACAGCUCCGCUCCACGCGGCAAAGGGCCCCAACUCGGCGCCGGUGGUGUUGGAGAGCAAGGCUAAGGGAAAGAAGAAGAAGGGGUCCGGGGCCGGGAACCUCGCCGGAGCCCUCGACGUCGAGAUCAGGGAGGCGCAGGAGUACCUCGACAGCGACGAGCAGGAACCUCUUCCAGACAACUUCCCAUUUGAAAUAAUUGAUGAAGAUGGUAUGAGCGUGGUUAUUUUGAGAAGGGACUACAAGGACGAGAAGAUUGAGGUUACUGUCAGCAUGCCUAAUUUAGAAGGAGGCCCUGAAUUUGAUGAUGAGGAUGGUGAGGGUGAUGGUGAGAGUGCUGGCAAGGAUGACGAAGAGGCAGAAGAAGAAGAUGAGAGUGCUGGAGAUAGCAGCAUUUCUCUUAAGGUGGUAGUUUCCAAAGACUCUGGCCCAAAGCUUGAGUUCACAUGCACAGCCUUUCGUGAGGAGAUCACCAUUGAUGAUAUGCUAAUAGUAGAGAAAACAGACGACGAUGGAGAAGAGAAGUUCCCCUAUGAGGGCCCUGAGUUCACCGAGCUCCCUGUGAAUGUUCAGAAAGGCCUGUUCAAAUACUUGGAGCAAAGGGGGGUAACGCUGUCGGCUACCAACUAUAUGCACGAUUACAUGGUGACUAAGCAGGCUCAGGAGUACAUACGGUGGAUGACAAAGCUGAAGGAUUUCGUCAAGCAGUGAGGAACAGCGGCGCGAUUUGACAAAUUUGUUUUGGUAGCCUAGCCUUAGUAUGCGUUACAGCCUUACAGGAAUACUACGAUUACACGAAGUUGGUCACACUCCAAAAAGGAGAAUUGUAUCUGCCUCAAUGUAUCUGUAUCAGCGGGCAAAACAGGAGCAAGUAGAUUUCCAGUAAUGUUUAGUGGUGGCUAUUAGGUAUUACGAUACAUAUCUGUCUUCCUGGCUGUUAGGCGUGUGCUCUGAAGAGCGUUAUCCUUUAGUGUCUACGUUAGUUGGUUUUACCUGUUUUCUUGUUGUUUAGCAAGGGUUGCUGUUGCUGUAAUGCGUGAGUGUUAACUGGUAUCCCCAGUAAAGUCUUAUAUGCUUUCUUAAAAGCAAAGGUAAUCUCCUUUCCAAAAACUAAAAUAAAAUAAAAAAUAAAAAAAUCCGGAUGUA